GGCUCCGCCCCGCCGGCUUCACGGGCUGGAGAGAGGGAGCCGCGGGCGAGGGAUCGCAGGAUGAGCGAUCGGGGCCCGGGCAGUCGGCAGCGGACGCGCCGCCCGAGCCCACCGGCCCGCGGCCCCGGCCCCGGCCACGCCGCCAGCAUCCCCCGAGCCGUGCCCGAGCCCUGCGGGCCAUGCCCGGCCGGCCCUAAGCGCGGGCCGGGGGGCGUCCCCUUGCGCCCGGGCCCCGCGCUGGCGCCCCCCGGGCCGCCGCCCGGCGGGGGGGCCAUGGCGUUCACCUUCGCCGCGUUCUGCUACAUGCUCACCCUGGUGCUGUGCGCCUCCCUCAUCUUCUUUGUCAUCUGGCACAUCAUAGCCUUUGAUGAGCUGCGGACCGACUUUAAGAACCCCAUCGACCAGGGGAACCCAGCGCGGGCACGCGAGCGUUUAAAAAACAUCGAACGCAUCUGCUGCCUCCUGAGGAAGCUGGUGGUCCCAGAGUACUCCAUCCACGGCCUCUUCUGCCUGAUGUUUCUGUGUGCAGCGGAGUGGGUGACCCUGGGCCUCAACAUCCCCCUCCUCUUCUACCACCUCUGGAGGUACUUCCACCGCCCUGCGGAUGGCUCUGAGGUCAUGUAUGAUGCAGUCUCCAUCAUGAAUGCCGACAUCCUCAACUACUGCCAGAAGGAGUCCUGGUGCAAACUCGCCUUCUACCUGCUCUCCUUCUUCUAUUAUCUGUACAGUAUGGUUUAUACGCUGGUGAGUUUCUAAGGGGGAAGCUGGCCAGGGAGCGAGCCCAGAACGGACCGGACGCCUGUGCACCCCCAGCCCUGCUCCUCGGCCGCAGUGGCCUCAGCCCUGAGGAGGGAAGGGGCACUGGUGCCCCCAGCCUCCUCUCCACCCCCCAAACUGCUGCUGCGGGGACCUCCCGCCUUCAGAGCCCACUCCCCUUGGACUAGGGCUGGGCAGAGCUCUAAAUAGGGGCAGGAGCUCCUCUGCCAGCCUGUGGGCAUGGCGGUCAGUCCUGGAAGGGGCGGAACCUCCGGCCUUGUCCAACUUUGGGAAGGACUUGGGGCCCUGCCAAGGGGCAGGGCUUGACCCUGGAAGUUCUGGGCCAGCCCCCUCAACCCCACCCUGAGGCUCCCCCUGCAGGUGGGGGGGUACCCACACCCAGAAUGAGCAGGCUCAGCAGGGGGGCAGUCCCACUCCUAGCCUGCCCUCUCCCCUUCCCCAGGCUCUCUCUUCAGACUCCUUCCUGUCCCCAUUUGCCCCAACCCAGCCCACCUGUCUCUUGGACCUAUUUUCUAUGUUGCCUGGAGGAGUCCGGCACCCCCUCCCCGGCCAUUUGUGACAAAAUAUGAAUAAACUACUGCAAACACCUGGGCCCGUUCUGCUCCUGAA